AUGCCGCUCGAAACAUCAGAGGCCGCUUCAUCGCAAGUCGAGACUGUCUCUUCCGUCGCGUCGAUUACCGUCCUCGAGACGUCUGUCGAGCCGACCGCCACGCCCACGCCAGUAUCCACGGAAUCACAGGCUGCACCGCUACAGACCGAGACCGAGACCAUUUCUUCCACCGUUGCCCCCGUGAUCAGCGCGUCGCCAUCGUCGGAGUUUGUCGCGUCCUCCGAAACCACCACCACACCAACCCAAGAGACCGCAACGAGCUCAGUGGCCGAGACGCCGUCGCCACUCCCGGAGAUACUCGUUUCCUCGUCCCCAGCGACUUCGAGCGUCGCGACAUCCACCGCGUCGGCCCCAGCAACCUGCAACACGCUCGCCGCGAGUUACAAUCCAUCUUUCGAAAGCGGAGCCAUCGCACCCUGGACCAAUACCUACGCCACCAAUACUUUGUACGGCAAGACCGAGGUGCUUUCCGCUGGUGUGGCACCCUUCGCGCCGCUCGACGGAUCACAUGCGCUUUACACCACGUUGACCAAUCGGUACACGUGA